AUGCCGCGCAAGAAGUCUUCUACCACUAUCAGUCGCACGGUACCGAAGCCGUACAUCGUCGAGACCUCAACUACGCGUCUGAACAUCACCAAGGACGGAUUACUCGGCAUUCUCUACAAAGCCAAUAUCGCGGAGUCCAUCUUGCGCGCAGCUGGUGUGACCAACCUUCCUGCGCCUAAUUUAUGUCCGGCGUUCAAGAUGAUCGCCUGCGUCAAGAUGCUGGAGCAACAUGGCCUCCAGGUUCCUAAAGAGAUUAUCACUCCGAUACCUGCAACAUCGCUCCGCCACCUGCCGAGGGAAUUGCUCGAUCAGAUUGUUGACCUUGCUCUGGGCGAAUCGAAGGGCCGGAGGAGGAGGAAGAAUGCUACUGGAUACAGGGAGGCACUGAGCACAUGA